GUCAUAAGCCGGAAGAGAGUUGGAUUAGCAAACCAGAAAAUCUCAAAAACUGACACCAGUGGGUCUUAAUGCUUAAGAGCCACAUUUAACAGCAGAUAUCUCUGUUUGCAUGCUGACCAGCCCAUUGAUCAGCAAAAUGAGCAGCACCGGAUCAGUGGAGAGUGUUAAACCUCCAAAGAUCGGCUCCAAAGUCGAGGUGACUGGUAAGGGCCAGCAAGGCACCGUUGCCUACAUCGGUGCCACCCUGUUUGCUUCGGGCAAAUGGGUCGGCAUCAUUCUGGACGAGCCCAAAGGGAAGAACGACGGCACCGUGCAAGGGAAGCGCUACUUCAGCUGUGAGGAAAAUCACGGGAUAUUUGUCAGGUCAUCCCAGAUCCAAGUCAUUGAUGACGGCUCCGCUGCCACCUCACCGGAAACCCCUGACGCCAGCUUGGCGAAGACGCUCAAACAAAAAGACAUUCCUGAGACUCCCAAAACAUCAAAGCAGACACCAGCGAACGUUAAGAAGUCCUCUGCCCGCCGCUCGGCAAAGUGGAGCACGCCCGGUCUCUCGCCUGCUACCUCCCUCCCCUCCCUCUUGCCUCGUCCCAGCCGCCCCAGCAUAAAGCUCCUGGCAUCUCGUGAGAGCCUAGCAGCCCCUCUGCUUGGAGAUAUCAGUGAGGUGAGCCUGUCCUCCCAGCAGGUGGCGCUGGCUGCCCCUGUUACACCUCAGCCAAGCAGCUCUCCUGCAUCUGUGGCUCCUCAAGCUCCAGUCACUCUCGGCAAGCAGGUGGAACCUGCCAUUUCCAAGCAGGAGGAAGACUCGCUGCGAACUCUCGUAAAGGAUCUGGAGGAGAAGCUGGAGACUCUGAAGAUAAAACGAAUGGAGGACAAGGCCAAGCUGAAGGAGCUGGAGAAGUACAAGAUCCAGCUGGAGCAGCUGCAGGAGUGGAAGACCAAGAUCCAGGAGCAGCAGGCGGAUCUGCAGAAGCAGCUCAAAGAGGCCAAAAAGGAAGCCCGGGAGGCGCAGGAGGCCAAAGACCGCUACAUGGAGGAGAUGGCGGACACGGCAGACGCCAUCGAGAUGGCAACGCUGGACAAAGAGAUGGCCGAAGAGCGAGCGGAGUCGCUGCAAGUGGAGGUGGACUCGCUGAAGGAGAGAGUAGAGGAGCUCUCUAUGGACCUGGAGAUCCUCAGGCAUGAGAUCUCAGAGAAAGGUACAGAUGGAGCCGCCUCCAGUUAUCAAGUCAAACAGCUGGAGGAGCAGAACAGCAGGCUGAAGGAAGCCUUGGUCAGGAUGCGCGACCUGUCGGCCUCGGAGAAACAGGAACACGUGAAGCUGCAGAAGCAGAUGGAGAAGAAGAACACGGAGCUGGAGACUCUGAGGACUCAGAAGGAAAAACUGCAGGAGGAACUCAAACAGGCCGAAGCCACAGUGGACGAACUGAAGGAGCAGGUGGACGCUGCUCUGGGGUCAGAGGAGAUGGUGGAGACUCUGACUGAGAGGAACCUGGACCUGGAGGAGAAAGUCAGGGAGAUGAGAGAGACGGUCACCGACCUGGAAGCCAUCAAUGAAAUGAACGACGAGCUGCAGGAAAACGCCAGAGAGACGGAGAUGGAGCUGAGGGAGCAGCUGGACCUGAGCACUGCGAAGGUUCGGGAGGCAGAGAAGAAGGUGGAGGCUGCUCAGGAGACUGUGGCCGACUACCAGCACACCAUCAGCAAAUACAGAGAUCUCACUGCCUCGCUUCAGGAAGCCAACAGGGAGCUGAUCAGUCAGCAGAGUGCAAACACAGAGCAAACCCAGCAGCCGUCUGCUGAGCUGUUCGACUUCAAGAUCAAGUUUGCUGAGACCAAAGCCUAUGCGAAGGCCAUUGAGAUGGAGCUGAGGAAAAUGGAGGUGGCUCAGGCGAACAGACAGGUGUCGCUGCUCACCUCCUUCAUGCCGGACUCCUUCCUCCGUCACGGCGGAGACCACGACUGCAUUCUGGUGCUGCUGCUCAUCCCCAGGCUCAUCUGUAAGGCCGAGCUGAUCAGUAAACAGGCUCACGAGAAGUUUGACCUGAGCGGCGGUCUGGUCCAGGGAACGGCGCUCAGAGGACCACCAGGAGAGCAGCGCAGCUUCGCCUCAGGCCUGGUCUACUCCCUCGGCCUGCUGCAGGCCACCCUGCACAAAUACGAGCAAGCUCUGAACUCCUGCAGCGUGGAGGUUUUCAAACGAAUGGGAACGCUUUACAGUGAAAUGAGCUUCCAUGAGCGCUCGCUGGAUUACUUCAUUGACUUGCUGCAUAAAGAUCAACUGGACGAGACUGUUCAGGUGGAACCCCUUACGAAGGCCAUCAAAUACUACCAGCAACUGUACAGCGUCCAUUUGGCAGAUCAGGAUGAGGACUGCACCGUGCAGCUGGCGGAUCACAUCAAGUUCACCCAGGGAGCCCUGGACUGCAUGGGGGUGGAGGUGGCGCGCCUGCGGGCGUUCCUGGCAGCAGGACAGGAGAGCUCAGGCCUCGCCGUCCUCCUGAAGGACCUGGACACUUCCUGCUCAGACAUCAGACAGUUCUGUAAGAAGAUCCGCCGCCGUAUGCCUGGAACGGACGUAGCUGGAGUCCCUGCUGCCCUCAGCUUCGGGUCACAGGUGUCCGAGUCGCUGACGGAGUGCAGGCGACAGCUGACCCGCGUGGUGGCGGUUCUGCAGGAAGUGGCUGCAGCCGGGGCUCAGAUGGUGGCUCCGCUGGCAGAGCAGGAGGGCCUCAACGCCCUGAAGCUGGAGGACAUCACUUACAAGGCUGCAGAGCAGGUGUUUGGCUCCCAGGGUGUGAACGGCCCAGAGCUUCUGCGACAGUCCUGCGGCUCUGUCAUCACAACCAUGAACAAGAUGGCUACCGCGAUGCAGGAAGGAGAGUACGAUGCCGAGAAACCGCAAGGAAAGGCUCCGCCGGUGGAGAAGCGAGCCGCCAUCGUCAGAGCGGAGAUGACCGACGCAGAAGGUCUGGGAGUCAAACUAGAAGACAGAGAAACCGUCAUUAAGGAGCUCAAGAAAUCCCUCAAGAUUAAGGGCGAGGAGCUGAGCGAAGCCAACGUCCGCCUCAGCCUCCUGGAGAAGAAGCUGGACACGUCCACCAAGGACGCAGACGAACGCGUGGAGAAGAUUCAGACCAAACUCGAUGACAACCUCGCCCUGCUCAAGAAGAAAGAGAAGGAGUUUGAGGAGACGAUGGAUGCUCUGCAGGCGGAUAUCGACCAGCUGGAGGCAGAAAAGGCAGAGCUGAAGCAACGCAUCCAAAACCAGUCAAAGAUGACGAUCGAAGGGCUGAGAGGCUCUCCGGGUUCAGGAAUCGCCUCCAUCGUUCAGGGAUCUACGAGUCUGCCUCCAACCCUGGCAGGGCCAACGCAGGUGGUGGACUCCCCUCUCCUCCGACAGCAGCUUGAGGUCCAGAGACUGGGCAUUAAAUACCUGAAGAAUGAAAACAACAGGCUCAAGGCGGAGAAGAUGAAGGCUCAGCUCGCGUCCCUGCCUCCACUGUGCCCUCCGAAACUCCCACAGGUGUCCAAAGAAAGCUCAUCUCCAGAGGGACUGAACACGGGGAUCUACCGCAGGACCGACCAGCUGCUGGCCACCCUGCUGAAGCUGAGCGCAGAGGUUAAGGUGGUGGACAUCACAGGGAAGACAGCAGUCAGCGCCAGCGCUCAGCUGCUGGAGCAAACGGCUCGUCUGAAGAACCUCAAAGACGCCCUGGACAAACUGCAGGGUGAGGUGGCUGAACAUGUGGUUUCAAACCAGCCAGGAGCAAAGGCUUCCUCAGACUUCGCCACAUUCCCAGCGUCCUCUUUCAUUAAGGCUAAGGAAGAGAAGCAAGGAGGAACGGUUUUUGUGGGUCGUGUUGCCAUCCCGUGCACCCGCGGUCAGGAGCAAGUCCACCGCCUCGUCCUGUCGCAGCAGCAGCUGCAGCAAGUGCACAACCUCCUCAUGGUCUAAAACCAGAGCUACCAGUGCUGAAGACCCUCCCACUCCACCCAGCACUUCUCCUUAGCAUUCUUGUUUCUUUUCAAUACUACACUCAGGAAUCUGUGUCCUGUUAAAGCACUAAUACUUAUUUAAUGCCAGACUCCAGAAUGUCAUGUUAUGAAGAUGUUCAUUUAAACUUUGAGGCUUUGCCAAUGUGUUCAAGUCAACUUUUCUUGUCUCUUCAACCUUUGAAUACAUUUGUAUUUGUAAUUCUGAAUUAAAAGCAUUUCACUUUAACAGCC